CUCCCUCUCGGUCUUCUCACUGCGGCGCAAGGCCAUCCUAUGCUGGUCGAGCUCAAGAAUGGCGAGACAUUGAACGGACAUCUGGUCAGCUGCGAUACAUACAUGAACCUCACACUCAAGGAAGUCAUUCAGACGAGUCCUGAAGGCGACCGCUUCUUCAGACUGCCCGAAUGCUACGUUCGCGGAAACAACAUGAAAUCGUGGAUCUCGUCAAGGACCAGCAAGCCAGCCAACAAGCCGCCAGAGGAGGACGUGGAGGCGGCCAAGGAGGACGAGGCGACCACAGCGGACGUGGUGAUCGCGGUGGCAGGGGGAGGUCGUGGUGGCCGUGGAAGAGGUGGCCGCGGUCGUGGUGGUUGA